UCUCUCUCUCAACACAAACACACAGGCAAAAAUGGCUGGAACUGAAGUAACUACUCCACUGCUUUCUACUCAAAGCCAAAGGCCUUACUCGAGCAGUGUGUCGAAAAAUAAGAAUUUGGUCAAUUCCUUUUCAGGAUAUGAAGGUGAAUCAUGUUAUAUACUUCCAAAUCCAGUCAUUGACUACUCCAUGCUCAUCUCCGGUGAUGUUCUAAAACGUACUAAAGCCAUCAGUGACCUUAACGAAGCUUGCCUCAACUUUGGCUUCUUUACAGUGACGAAUCAUGGGAUCCCGGACAGCCUGAUGGGGAGUGUUAUGAAUUGGCUUUCCAAAUUUUUUUAUCAGAAUGACGAGGAGAAGCGACGAUAUGAGACAAAUGAUUCGAAGGAUAAAAUCAGAUUCCGGUGGGGUGGCAGAACCCAAAGAGAGCUUCUCCACAUGAGAGCACAUCCCACCUUUCAUUGCCCAACAAAGCCUGCCAAUUCCACGGUUUUACAAGAGUAUUGUGAGAAAAUGCGAGAAAUGGGAGUCCAAUUACUUAGAGGGAUUUCAAAAUCCCUAGGGCUUGAAGAGGACUACAUAGAGAAGAAAAUGAACCUGGAAUCUGGCUAUAAUGUUUUCGGACCAAAUUACUAUCCGGCGCUGUCGCAUUCAUCGGACGACAAGCAUCAGAUUGGCCAAUUCCCUCAUCGUGACCCUGGCUUACUUGUCCUCCUUGCUCAAGACGUUGAUGGGGGACUUCAGAUUGAGCACCAGAAAAAGUGGUUCAAUGCAAACUUUCCUCCGAGUUCCAUCUUUGUCAUUGUUGCUGACCAUAUAGAGAUUCUGACCAAUGGGAAGUACAAGAGCUUGUUGCAUCGGGUGGCUUUGACCAACGAAGUGGAAAGGAAGAGUUUACCCUUCUUUUUUGGACCAUCAUUAGAAGCAACUGUGAGGCCUGCACCCGAGUUUGUAGACGAGCACAACCCACCCUUUUAUCGUGAAAUGACUUAUAAGGACUACUUGGAAUCCAAUAAGCACCAUGUGAUUGAAGCCAGAGCAAACUUGAAUCAGAUUCGAAUCUGAUCUUAAGUCUCAACUCAAAGAGUUAGACCAGUUGAUGGUACAUUUACCUUUUCAUAAGUAAGAGUUUCUUACUUUCCUCCUACAAUGAGAAUAAUAUUUUGAUUAAUCUUUAAUCUUAAAUAAAAUUAGAAAUAAAUAUCCAUUUAGACCAGUUGGCCACGGUAAUGAGGGCUAGUUUGGUAUUGAUGUACUUAAAAAA